AUGUUUUACACAUUUGUGCUGGUUUUACUGUUAAAUUGGCUGUCACAUGUAGAAUCUAUGUAUUUCUAUUUGAGUAGCCAAAAACCCAUGUGCUUUAUUGAAGAAGUUCCCGAUGUAACUAUGGUUAAAGGUAAAAAAAUUGACGGAAUUUUUAAGAGGGGUCACGAUUCUUCGGCCGAAAGUAUUCACAUCGAUGUCUUAGAUCCAGAUCAUAAUAUUCUUUUCAAAUUAACCCGACAGACUUAUACGGCGGAUGGUUAUUUCACAUUCACCUCGCAUCAAGGAGGCGAAUAUAGAAUCUGCUCAGAACGAUCCGUAAGUGCUGGUUUUCGUGUACAUCUCGAUUUUGCUGUCGGUGAACAAGCAAUCAAUUAUGGUGAAAUUGCAACCAAAGAUCGACUGAAUGAGUUUGAGCUUCGAAUACGUCAGCUGCAGGAUCAAGUCCAAAGCAUUGCAAAAGAUCAGAACUAUCAACGCGUACGCGAAGAAUAUUUUCGUCAAUUAAGCGAAAGUACUAGUCAUCGAGUUACUUAUUGGAGCCUCGGCCAACUGCUCUUGCUGUGUGCUAUCGGAUUCUGGCAGAUGCGACACUUACGGGCAUUCUUCCAGGCGAAGAAACUAGUGUAA